AUGAUGUGUGUACGACUAGCAUAUACCCAGAAGGCUGGCCACAAUGGCAGGGUGACCGUCAAUCACAGCACCCAAUUUCCAGUCUGCCUGCCGAAGCAGGGAAAGGGGACUGAGGGCAGCAGAUGGAGGAGGGGCGUGGCUGCUUGGUGGUUGUGUAACACAAGCAAGUAUCUUGUAGCACGUACCAGGUCAGGGCCAGGGCAGAAGGGCCGGGAUGAUGAGGAGAUGAGGCACAGAGACGGGCGAGGCCAGUGCUGGGAAGAAGAGAGGGCGCCCUAUGGUGACGACCCAACAAGCUGGGGUCUGCUAGCUCUGUACACGGGAGGCCGCAGUUGGGUGUUGAUUUAUGAGAUGAGUGCCGCUGCUCGAGGUGGUACUGGCGGGAGGAUGGGGUAG